AUGGCUCCCUCCGCUAUGGUCGACGAGAUUGCGCCUAUGCACCUACCCGUGCACUCUAAACGGUCCACGAUCAGUGCAUCUGUCUUGCAUGGGCCACGAGACUUACGAUUGGAGGCCCGGAGUAUCGAGGACCCUGGACUGGGCGAGCUCCAGGUUGCCGUCAAGUCUACCGGCAUAUGUGGAUCGGAUGUCUCAUAUUACAAGAACUUUGCCAAUGGCGACCUCUGCGCAUGUGCACCACUAUCCCUUGGUCAUGAGUCAUCAGGUGUUGUCGUGGCGAUAGGACCUCAAGUGAAUGGGUUCAAAAUCGGUGACAGAGUCGCUCUAGAGGUUGGACUACCAUGUGGACAAUGUACGAUCUGCCGGAAAGGCCGGUACAAUCUCUGCAAAAAGAUGCGGUUCAGGAGUAGCGCAAAGAGUGUCCCUCACUUCCAGGGGACGCUUCAGGAAAGGAUAAAUCAUCCUGCCAUCUGGUGUCAUAAAUUACCAGAUCAUGUCUCUUUUGAAGCCGCGGCCUUGCUCGAACCUCUCUCAGUUGCCAUACAUGCAGUCAACCGUGCCGCACCUACACCAGGUUCAACGGCACUCGUAAUGGGUGCUGGCACGGUCGGACUUUUGACAGCCGCAAUGGCACGCCAGUCCGGUUGCACAACUGUGACCAUCACAGACAUUGAUGCUGGCCGAGUAGACUAUGCAGUGAAGAAAGGCUUCGCAACACACGGUUAUGUGGUUCCCCGGCCUUUUCAUACAUCAUCCAGUUGCUCGUCCUUCUACACCAACUCAGGGGCUUCGACACCACCAGAGACAGGAUGCAUCACUCCGGCAAGCAUAAUUUCCAACUCGAUACAUGGGCAGCUCGACGGAGCCAAGGCCAUGGCCGCCGAGAUUCUCUCCCUCACAGUCCCGCCUCCCGGCCUGGAGGACGAGGACGAGGACGAUGGGGUUGACAUCACAUUUGAAUGUACCGGCAAGGAGACUUGCAUGCAUAUAUGCCUCUAUGCUACACGUCCGGGUGGUAAGUUGGUCAUGGUCGGCAUGGGUACUCCUAUUCAGAUGUUGCCCAUGUCCGCCGCUCACCUGAGGGAGAUCGAUAUCCUGGGCAUCUUCAGGUAUGCAAACACAUAUCCCACAGGUAUUAGGUUACUCUGUAGCCAAAGCCGGCCGGGUGCCGGUCAUAGCUUACCUAAUCUCGACGAGAUGGUAACGCAUCGGUUCAAAGGACUCGGUGCGGCCAAGGGAGCCUUUGAGCUUGCUAGCAGGACUGUUGAUGAUGACGGCAACCUUGUGCUUAAAGUGGUAAUUGAGGCUUAG